AAGAGAGUUACAAAUAAGCCCCAAGACCUGGUGAGUGCUGAGAUAAAGGCUAAAGCCCUAGCGAGUUCGAUCUCGUUUUGGGAACCAGACAAUCAAAGAUUUAUAGAUUUUGAUAGCAUUUUCGGCUGAAAUGGAAUUGAAAUCGGAAUCUUAUACAUUUCAGUUUGGAUGGUGCUGGACUGUUUGCGAUGGGAGUUGUUAAACCCUUUGUUCCCUCUUUCUCUCUCUCUUUCUCCCUCCCCUAAAGCCAGUUUUUCUCACAUAUAACCACAGAUAUAGAUACAUUAAUGAGAUGGAUUGUUAGUGCAGGAUGAACAAAGGCGACGAUGUUGAUUGGUGUUCUAUGCAAUGAUUCUUUGUUAUUUCGGCAUGGAAAGCUUUUAUAAUGUUGGGCGGAAGUGAUUCAGGAACAGUUCAUUCUACUCCCAUGUCCAAGUCACCCGAAUCAUUAGUCAGGAUUGAUGCUAUAUCUAUAGACCUUACCGGUUCUAUGGAUAAGUGCGACGCCCCUGUGAAAUGCACUCAUUUCUCGAUACGAGGAUAUGUUGCUGAAAUGCGGAAAAAGGAUGUCAAGACUUGUUUUCCAUUUCCCGUGGAUUGUAAUCAUGAUAAGCUGAACGAGUUGGCAAACAAAAUCCUUCCUCCAUUACAUGCUCCCAAGUUCAGGUGGUGGCGCUGCCAAAACUGUUUGCAAGGGAUCGGUGCAAAGGGUACUGCAGAAGAGACUGGAUUGGUUGCUGAAUGUUGCAAAAGAGGAUACGUGAUCAGUAAUUCUAAUGUAGAUGGUUCUACCGCAGUUAAGAAAAAUGUUUCGCAGAUUGGUAAGUCGGAAAGAAGUAAAGCUGAUGUCAGUGCUUCUGAGAAGGUUAAUGGCCUCCAAAAUCACAUAUUUUUGCCUAGUCUUACCAAGCAAAAGAAGCAUGCUGUUGAAUCUGCCACGACUAUGGUUUAUGGAACUUCCUUCAAAGGGGCAAAAUCUGGUAGCUUGAUUGAAUUUUGUGAGCCAAGCCACAGAAAUCGUGACACUGGUGAUGGUAGGAUCCCCGAAUUCUUGCAAUCCAGUUCUCCUGUAAUUUGUCAGACAGGAAAUCUUAACUUUGCCAAAAGUAAGCAGUUAUGUGAUCCAGUAAAUCAUCAGGCACAUGAAAUAGAUGGUGUGACUAAUGAGGGUUCUGAUAUUUGGAGGGGAAGGGUAACUGGUAUUCCUGCUGGAGUGAUGGAAGAGCUUGAUAAUUCAUCAUCUGAAACUAAUGCAGUCUUAGAAGGAACUAAAAAAAGGUAUGGUCCGAAUCAUGAUAGUUCAAACGUCUCUAAACGUCAAAGGGCUCGAAAAGUGAGGCUUUUGACUGAAUUGCUGGGUUCAAAAGAGAAUGAAGAAGAUGGUCAAAAAGCAAGAAAUGUAUCUUGUAGAUUGUUGGCGGAUGCAUCUGUAGCAACAGGUUCAGUUCCCACAACACAACAUAAAGUUACUUCAGAUGGACAUCCUAAUAAAGUUUUGGGCAAUCCUAAAGGAAAAAGGAAAAUGCCUAAAGAGAAAGAUCGAAAAACCAUAGAGUUGACAGACAAAGUUACUAAAAAGGUCAGAGUAUCCAAAGAAGAUGCCGAAAGUCUUACAAUGAGCAUUGAAAAUGAAACAACUGAAUCUGUUUCCGAAGGAGAUGAUUCUGCCGGUGCCAGCAUGCAACCUACUGUGAAUCACCUGUUUACACAGCAUAAAAGUUAUAGAUCUCCUAUUCUAAGUAAAAAGAACAUAAAGCCACCUCAGCUUGAUGAUUCGGUUUCCUCGAUGUCUUAUAGUAAACAGGUUAUAGACAAAUGUUAUCAAGGGAAAUCAAGAGAUUCAGAGAGAUACCAUGUCGAUUCUCUUAGUGGUUUUUCCAAAUUAGCAAAUGAUGCUCCAACGUGUUCCAACAGAAAGCCAUAUGUAACUAAGAAGAAAAAUAAACUGCAACAAGCUGGAUCUGGCCAGGUUUUCUCAGUGCUGGAGAGAAAUUGCAAUUUUUUAGAUGGUCCGGAUGUGAGACAAGGUAUCAAGGUCUUGGGAAAUGUUCCUAAACCAUUAAAGCUUCAGUCUUCUAAUGAUUUGACAAUGAGAAGACAUCUAGGCAUUCCUCCUGAAAACUGUAUGACUAGGAAACAGCAAGAUGGAUGUUUUACUGUUCAAAGCAGAGAUGGUGGGGAUAAUCUUUUGCCUCGGCCUUCAAGAGAAGAUCAGAGAGGCAAAAGUGCUAUGUAUAUUGGAGAGUCAAGUGUUUCAAGUAAAUCUAUAGUGGAAUCCAGGAAACAAUUACUUUGUGAGCUCAAUGAGCAAUCUGCGAAAAAUACAAGAUUCCAUCUUCAUGAGAUGCAAAAUUCUGUAGCUCAUGCUGAUAUUGGUGGCCCGCCUCAACAUUUAUAUUUGGACUUUUCUGGUCCUAGAGUACACGAGGAAUCCACCAGAAAGAUGCAGGAACAAGGAAACGAUGACAUUCCCAUGGAGAUAGUUGAGCUUCUCGCAAGAAAACAGUAUGAAAGGCGUUGUCAUGAGGCCGAAAGAAACCACGUGUUGACAGAGAGAAUGAAUCACAUGAGAAAUUCAGAACAAAUGUAUUAUCCCAGAGCACAUAUCAAUGGAGGGUUGGAAUCUUCACAAGAGGAUAAUAACAAUCCCUUAAUGGUAAAACCUCCUCCAUAUGGAAUGGACCAAAACAUGAGUAGACUUGUUCAACAAAAUGAUAAUAACAGUCUCUAUGAGCAGCAAAAUAGGAGCUUGUUAAAUCCAAGGCAAAUGAAUGGAAACAUGGAGUUUUCUGUUUACGGUGGUUCUUCAUCAAAAGCCAAAGAGAAGAUAUCUGAUCCCCGAUCAGUUGUAAAAUGGAGUGGUGAUAUGUCUAGUUUGGAAUCUCACUACCAACACCAUAACGGUAAUUGGCCCAAUCCAAACUGUCUGCCUUCCGGUUACAGAAUACCCCAAAAAUAUCCAACUCAGUCGGACAAUUUUGAUCGUAAAGGAAAAAAGGCUCGAAAUCUAGACCUGAAUUUCUCAAACCUAGAACCCCAGAUAAUGGAUUUCCAUUAUCAAUCCUUCAGAAACACAUCAUCGGCCAUUGAUCUGAACAAAAACGCAGGAGGCUCUCUAGAUCUACAUGCAAACGAAACCAUACCUGCCAUGCAAUUACUCAGCCUCAUGGAUGCAAGAACAAGGUCAAGCAUGGAUCAUCAUCAAAAGUCCAACCUUCAAUCUCGACCGUUGUUUCCUUGCAAUCUGCAUCCGGCCGCGCACGAUCAUCUGUUCCCGUACGAUCACGAUCCUGUAUGUCCUGGGAAAUUUUGCGCUUGCUCCUCUAAUGCUGCCAUUCUUCAAAAUGGCGGGUCUCAAAGGGGGGGAAAUCAUUAUAGCGGUCAAGUUUCAUUUGGCUCUCAAGAACGUCGCAACCCUAAGCCGCCACUCUUAUCUGUAAAUCCUGUUCGGGCCAAGCUGAAAGGACCUGUAGUGGAUUCAGAUAUUAUGACAUCAUCAUUGCCAAUACAGCACCAUACUAAUUUAGAUGAUCACAACACAAGUUCUUCUAUUCCGCGUAUUAGAAGUAACUACGAAAAUCGUAACCUCUGCACUGUUAAUCGCAACCCUGCCGACUUCACUUCACCAGGACCGGGAAAUAUGUAUAUGAUAAGUGGCAAGGAUCUCAAAAUAGGACACAACAACAACAACAAGAAGCCACAAAGGGUGCCGAAAACGAUCUACUACUCAAAAGAACACUCUCAUCACCAAAGCUAAAUGAGCCAUACAAAGACAGACAGACAGAAGAACUCACAACCAACAGAAUACAGCUCCAAAUUCAUGAACCAUUGCUCAGAAAAUUGAAAGCAGCAGCCUUUGUGUCUGAAAAUUUUAGCUGUAUAUAUAUUUCAUAUAUGCUUGUGUGAUUUCAUAUAUGUUUUUCAUCCAGACUCUGGAAUGAGCUGAAAGAAAUAAAGGGAGUUGAAAGUUACAAGAUAAUUUAAGAUUGAAUUAAUUAAUUAAUGAAUGAAUGGUGUUAUGUAAUCAUAGAUAGAGAUCUUUGGAGGCAACUUAAUUCCUUAUAUAAAAAUAAAUUAAACUCUUUUGGAUUUU